GCAGCCCCCCAGGAUGCUGGACACCAUGAGCAGCCAGUACGACUCCUUCAUCUACUGGAGGAUGCCGAUCCCGCGGCUGGACGUGGCGGAGCUGGAGGGCUUGGGGCUCGCAGACAUGGCCCUCUACAAGCCCAAGGCAGGGCUGGGCCAGCUCGUGGGCCAGCGGGAGCGGCUCAGCCAGGACCUGGCCCCGGAGGAGGAGGAGGAGGAGGAGGAGGAGGAGGACACCCUGCUGCAGUUCAACACCUUCAACUUCUGGCGGGCUCCCAUCGCCAGCAUCAGCCCCUUGGAUUUCGACCUCAUCUGAAGCCCUUCCCGCCCCUCCUCGCCCCUCCCUGCUCUCCCCCUCUCCGCCGGGGUUUGGUUUGGUUUUCUUGUCGCUUCAGGGGGUCCUUGGGUUGGUUUUUUUGUUCGUUCCUGGGCGGUUUUGCCAUCGCUAAUUGACUCAGCAGUUCCCCCUGGGCUUGACGGUGAUGGGCUCCCUGAGAAACCUUCAGCCCCUCCCCNC